CAACUGGAUUUGAGGAUUCCAAAUCCUCUUCCUGAGCCUUUUCCCAGGCACAGAAAUGUUCCCUGGGAUUCUUCCUCUUUGUUUUUCCUUUCUCUUCAUUCCGUUUGUUUCCUCUCCAUCUUCAGCCUAAUUCUGGGAGCAGCAAAGCCCCCAGUGAGAUCUUGGCUGGAAUUCUGGGAGCUCUUGGCAGGCAGGAAUUUCCCUCCCCUCUUCCACAUCCAGCAUUUUUGGCUGGACAGGUGGGAAUGAGCCUCACACAGGCCCUAAAAUGAUCCCAGGAAUCCAUGAACAGGUGAAAUCCAUGCAGAGAAUCCCUUUUUCCUCAUGGGCUGAGUCACCUCCCGGGGUUUCAGUCGACUCCUGGUUUUCCUUCCUGCUCAUUUCACUUCAGGAAAGGCUUGUUUUUCCUUGGGAAAAGUAGAAUUCCUGGCUGGAAGGUGCCAUGGGGGGAUCACACGUGUCCCACUUGGACACGUGGAGCUGGACAGGGGCCAGGGAAGCGGCUCCAGUGUCCCCUUGGUGUCCCCUUGUCCUUGUUCUGGAGGCUCCUGGCAUCGGGCUCUGCUGGAUGGAGCCACUGCCAAGCUCCGCGCAGGAGAUGAAGCACAUGGAGAACCUGUCCAGCCUGGCCCAGGGCAGUGGCCCCUUGGAAUUCCAGCCCUCGGAGCGGGAGCAGCCCUGGGAGCUCAUCAUGGACAAGAAGCACUUCAGGCUGUGGCGGAGGCCGAUCCAGGGAUCCCACCUGUACCAGUACCGAGUGUUUGGAUCCUACACGGAUGUGACUCCUAGGCAGUUCUUCAAUGUCCAGCUGGACACGGAAUAUCGGAAGAAAUGGGAUUCCUUGGUGAUCAAACUGGAUGUGAUCGAACGGGACGUGGCCACGGGCUCCGAGGUGAUUCACUGGGUCACCCACUUCCCGUAUCCCAUGUAUUCCCGGGAUUACGUCUACGUCCGGCGCUACAACGUGGACAAGGAGAACAACCUGAUGGUGCUGGUGUCGAGGGCUGUGGAGCAUCCCAGCGUUCCCGAGGAUCCCGAGUACGUCCGGGUGAGGACCUACGAGUCCCAGAUGGUGAUCCGACCCCACAAAACCUUUGAUGAGAAUGGGUUCGAUUACCUGCUCACCUACAGUGACAACCCCCAGACCGUGUUCCCGCGCUACUGCGUCAGCUGGAUGGUCUCCAGCGGAAUGCCGGAUUUCCUGGAGAAGCUGCACUCGGCAGCCCUGAAGGCCAAGAAGAUGGAGCUGGAGGUCCGGGAUUACCUUUCCAAGGGCUCAGACACGGCCCCAGAGCCUUGUGGCCCUGCCCAGCUGGAAUAUGCCUGAGGAGCUGGAAUUCUGGGAAUUGCCUCGGACAGGGACCUGUGCUGUGGGAUUUCAGCCCCAUUUUCCCUCCCCAUCCCAUUCCCGAUGCUCAAGGACAGGGAUUUGUUCCCCCUGCUGCGUGUCCGUGGUGGAAUCUGCGUCUCCUGGUCGAUAUUUCCUCAUCCCAACAGGGAAAACCCAUGGAAUUCCCACUUCUUCUGGCAGUGGGUUCUCCCCACUCCUCAUCCCUGCUCAGACUGGAAUGUUUUCGGGAUGCGGUGGCACCACAGGGAUUGGUGAUGGUGCUCCAUGUCACCAUUUCCAGGGGGUUUUCCCCCCAGAAACAGCCCUUUGAACUCAUCCCUUUGGGAUUUCUGGGACUGGGAGUUGGGAUUACUGGGAGGGGGGGUUGGGAUUACUGGGAAGGGGCAUUUGAACUGGUGAAACUGGGGAAAAAAAGGCAGUUUUGGGGGUGUUUUAGGGAUUGGGGGGCACUGGUGCUGCUGCCCUGGGUCACCCUGAGCCCCCUCCCCAGUCUGGGGGGUCUCCGUCAGCCUUGGGAAUCUGCGAAAACAGCAGGAGCAGGAAACUACUUAAUAAACAUCUAGGAUCUUCAUUAGCUCCUAGUUAACGACCCCCCUUCUCCCAGUCACCGAUUUGGGGGGGUUUGGGCCCCCCUUUAAUCAUCGCUCUAAAUUCUCACUUUAUAAUAAAUUUAUCCUAAUUUUAUCA